AUGAGUCUCUACAGUCACGGGCUAUCUGCCGACCAACUCCGCCACUCAGACUCUGACUCUGACUCUCGUUACCACCCAUGGGCUGGCUCAUCAUCUUCCAACUACUACAACGAGCCAACAUCAUCAGAUCCCCGUUACCACGCCUUCGGUAACUACUAUGCCAGCCAAUCAAACUCCAACUCAACCUACUCCUACAGUCUAGGAGGGUACUCUGAGUCUCAGCAGUCUGACGAUCCACACAUGUGGCAGUCUCAGGAUUACAAUGGUGCACCACCAUCUUCAUCUUCCGUUGCUACUUCAAGUCCGCCCAACCAAGACGAUGUCUACAGUGACCAGAAUGUUUGCAAGUGUGGAAAGUGCGGCAAGUCAUUCAGACGCCCAUCUGACCUUGCAAAACACCAAAAGUACCACGAUAAGCACUUUUCAUGUCUCUUCGAACAAUGUAGCGCUGCAUUUGCUACUCAGAAGGAUUUGACCCGGCACAUGCGCACACAUCGCAAAGGCGAGGGCUAUCAAUGCAAGGUGGACGGAUGCCGCAAGGCCAUGUCGGGCCAUGUCUACUCACGAAAGGACAACUUUGAUCGACAUAUGCGGACGGCACACCCAGACCACCCGCACAUCUGA